CUUUGCUUUUGUUUACAUUUGACUGAACUGUCACUCAAAGCACGUGUUGUUUGGCGUUACUAUAGAAACCAAUGAAACGCUUGUUUUGGGUGACAGUCACGCAAAGAGUUGUCGAGACUUGUGGUGAUAAUCGCUUCCAAACAAUCACUUCAUCACCAAAUCAGCCAAUCGAAGACACCCGAAGACAAUGACCAAGAAUUUGGUCCAAUAUAUUGUGGUCAGGGGUGACCUCAAGUGGCCUACCGGUGCUCUUAUAGGCAACGCAUGUCACGCAUCGGUGGCCGCCAUUGUGAAGCACAUGUCAACGGAUCCCGAAACUCAAGAGUAUGUCUCGCAAUUGGAUUCCAUGACAAAAGUGGUGCUCAAAGCGGACUCCGCAGACAUACUACAAGACGUUUGCCACCGAUUAGACCAAAACAGCGUUAAAUACUAUCUGUGGAGAGAGCAGCCCGAAGACAUCAUCACAUGUGUGGCCACCACUCCCAAACCGCGGGAUCUCCUUAAACCACUGCUCAGCCAUUUGAAGCUAUUUAAGUGACGAUCCGUUUGUGGUAUUUAUUUGUGAUUUCAUUUGUUUGCCACCAAUUGUACGCUAUUUUAAAAAGUAAUUAAAACUAUCAAAUCAAAUCUAUUUUAUCGAAAAGUGAUUAUCAUUUAUAGCCACAAAUUCCGGAC